AUGGCUGCAGAAAGCAGUGUAAAAGUGCCCAGAAUCAAGCUGGGUUCACAGGGACUGGAAGUGUCUGCGCAAGGACUCGGAUGCAUGAGCAUGUCCGCGUUCUACGGUCCGCCCAAGCCGGAACCCGAAAUGAUCAAGCUCGUUCACUAUGCCAUCAACUCCGGCAUCACCUUCCUCGACACUUCCGAUGUCUAUGGACCGCAUACCAAUGAAAUCCUCCUCGGGAAGGCUUUGAAGGAUGGGUUGAGGGAGAAAGUGGAGUUGGCUACGAAAUUUGGGAUUACAUUUCAGGAUAGCCAGAUGAUUGUACAAGGAGACCCUGCUUAUGUAAGAGCUGCCUGCGAGGCCAGCUUGAAGCGGCUUGAUAUUGAUUGCAUUGAUCUUUAUUACCAACAUCGCAUUGACACACAUGUACCUAUCGAAGUCACGAUUGGAGAACUAAAGAAACUAGUGGAAGAAGGUAAGGUAAAAUAUAUAGGCCUAUCAGAGGCCUCGGCCUCAACAAUCAGAAGAGCACAUGCUGUUCAUCCAAUAACAGCAGUGCAGUUGGAGUGGUCUUUGUGGUCAAGAGAUGUGGAGAAAGAAAUAAUUCCUACUUGCAGAGAACUUGGCAUUGGAAUAGUAGCAUACAGUCCUCUUGGACGGGGAUUCUUGUCCUCCGGUCCAAAACUGGUUGAAACUUUAUCUGAAGGGGACGGUCGAAAGUAUCUUCCAAGAUUCCAACCCGAGAAUCUGGAGCAUAAUAAGAGAUUGUUUGAUGGUGUCAAUGAUAUGGCAAAUAGAAAGGGGUGCACCCCUUCACAUCUAGCUUUAGCAUGGGUCCAUCAUCAAGGAACCGAUGUGUGUCCCAUACCUGCUUUAGCAUGGGUCCAUCAUCAAGGAACCGAUGUGUGUCCCAUACCUGGUACCACAAAAUUCGAGAAUCUUACUAAAAACAUUGAAGCGUUGUCUGUAAAACUGACGAAGGAAGACAUGGCUGAACUCGAAUCUAUUGCUUCAGCUGAUGCAGUCAAGGGUGAUAGAUAUGGUCCUGGUUUUGCAUUGUCUGUAAAACUGACGAAGGAAGACAUGGCUGAACUCGAAUCUAUUGCUUCAGCUGAUGCAGUCAAGGGUGAUAGAUAUGGUCCUGGUUUUGGUACGUGGGAGCAUUCAGACACUCCUCCUUUGUCAACUUGGAAAGCUGCUUGA